AUGCCGCACAAGCAAGGAAGAAGAAGCAUCGCCGAUCAGAAGGGCAGCAGCACAACAGCCCCUUCCAGGCAGGUGGCAGGGACGGGCCCCACCGCCCUCGCACUGGCCGAGGGGCAGCGCAAGGCCGAAAAGGCUGAACGCAAGCGAGUCCGUGCGGAGCGGAGGGAAAAGCGCAAGAGCAAGCGCGAAGCCAAGGCCGCGCGCCGCGAGAGCCAGGGACAUGCCGAGUCGUUGCAAGCCGCAGCCAGCAGCGACGCCGAGCCCUCCGAGCCCCCGACACCCAAGAAGCCCAAGGAGAAGAAACGCAAGUCGGAGGCCGUUGAGCAGCAGGUCGACACGUCGCACGCUGCCGCACCUACCGCGCCCUUCGAGCUCUUCAGCGCCGGCGUGCGCGUAGGCUCUGGAGGGGUUGACGCGCGCCCGGAGAAGAAAAAGAAGAAGGACAAGGAGGAGAAGCGCAAGAGCACGCCUGCCGGACCAUCCCACCAGCCGGAACCGGAAACGAUCACCGACUGGCGCUUCGACUCGCCCCCAACAUCGGCGCUCCGCGGCACAUUAGAGGACGACGAUGCGCCGCCGUUCAGCCUCGGGGCAGCUUCCGCAGCGCCGGCACGUCCUGGCUUCGGCGGUCACAGGCCUCGGGCGAGCGAGCCGGUCCGCGUCGCCGAGCCGCUGCUUCGCGCGCGCACGUACUGGGAGCCGAGGCAGUCUCUUCCGGCACAAGCCAACAAGGAGAGCGAUGAGGAGCUCGAGCUUCCCGCUGUUACGAAGGUUGCCGAGAAGCAGGCGACUAGGGACAAGGGCAAGGGCAAGGAGAAGGCUGCCGACGCGGCCAAGUCGACCACCGUACCCGCUGUGUCCGAGAUUGUCACUGCCGCCCCUCAGGAGAAGACAAAGGGCAAGGAGAAGGCUACCGCCAAGGGGAAGGAGAAGGCCGUCGACAAGGGCAAGGAGAACGAGGUGCCCGAGAUGAUCGAGGCGCCGGAGACGGUGAGCGCACCGGUGAUCCCGGAGAGAGGCAGAAGGAAGGUCGUCGAGUCUGCCGCGGCGAAGGCUACGGACAAGGCCGCACCCGUCGAGAAGGUGCAGCGCGCUACAAGAGGCAGAAACAUCGCCGCAGAUGUCGUCCCCUCGAGCCAACCUUCAGAGCGUGAGGAGGCCGAGGUCGCUCUGCCCACCGUCGCGACUCCGGCCGAGCCCCCGACUCCCCGGACUACACGCAGAACGGUGGCCGCUGCAGCUUCCGCGUCAGCACCUCCGGCGGCGGCUGGACCAGUCGGCAAAGUUGUCAGGACCAAGAGCUUGAGCGGUGCUCAGCGCGGCGCACCGACCUACGUUCCGCCCGAAGUCGCUGCCGAGGUCGCCACCAUCACCGACGUCGACGUCUUCGCUAAGCGCCAGACUGCACGCUUCUACCUUACGGUUCCCGGAGCCAACGACAAGGUGUCGUUCGAGCCGGCACUGGGCAAGCGUACCCGCGAGAAGCAGCAGACGGACGAUGAACUCCGCUCCCUGCUCGCCAACGAGGAAGAUAUGUUCGACUUUUUGGCGUCCAAGUGGAUGUCGAUUGCAGAGCUGCAGCGCCUCGAAGCGGAAGGCAUUCUAAAAUACCGGCGUGGCAAGUUCCUGCAAUCUGAGCUGGCUGCCAUUCACAGCGGUCUCGAGGCUUUCCGAAGGGAAAACAAUCUCGACCGUGAAGGCCUCCGGGAGAUCAUUCUAGGCAAGGGGUUGCAGAGUGAGCGCGCCAAGUAUCCUCGAUUCUUCCCCGAGAUUGCGCGAUUGUGCCCCGGCCGCCCUGUCCGCUACGUCAAGGAGUGCAUCAAGCGUCUAUAUGAUCCGCGUGCUCACAAGGGCCCUUGGACCGAAGCGGAGGACAGAGAGCUCCUUCGACUUUACGAGGCACACCCCCGUCAGUGGGUCACGAUCGCCGAGACGAUCGGCCGCACAGAGACCGACUGCCGUGAUCGCUACGAUGGCCAGCUUAUGUUCAAGGGCAAGAUUGAGCAGGGCGCGUGGAGUGCCGAGGAGUCGCAGAAGCUCGUCGAGAUUAUCACCGCAGUGCACGCCGAGCUUGGCUGGGACCUCUCUGCCCGGGACACUCCCUGGGAGGUGGUUUCGCAGCGCUUCGGCGGAACGCGUAGUGCCACACAGUGCCGGAAGAAAUGGGCAGACCACCUCAGCACUCGUGUCAUCAACGGCAAGAUCCUCGACAAGGCCAGCGUCGACCCAGCGCUGGUGAUCAAGACUCUCCGUGAUCUCGACCUCCACCACGAGUACGACAUCAACUGGCCUGAUGUGCUCAAGGUACUGCCUGUGGGCUACACUCUUGUGCAUGUGCGCGGACAAUGGGAUCGCUGGGCACGAUCGGCUGGCGGCGAGACACGCGCUCAGCUGUCCUUGUCUGAACUCCUCAACCGAAUCGAGAAGUUGUACGAGCCCCGAGGCGAACUCACUCUCAGCGAUGAGCGCCAAGUGAAGAAGAGGGCCACUCGCGAGAAGAACAAGGAGACGGGCCAGGGAACGGAGGCCGAGGAGGGCAGACGCCAGCGCAAGGAGGAUCCCGCUGCCGUGGCCGAGAAGCAGGCGGCUGCAGAGGCCAAGGCUGCGGCUGCAGAGGCCAAGGCGGCUGCAACUGCCGAGCGGAAGAGGCUGGCGGCUGAACGCAAGACGGCGGCCGAGGAGAAAAAGAAGGCGACUGCCGAGAAGAAGGCUCAAGCGGCCGAGAAGAAGGCCCAAGCGGCCGAGAAGAAGCGCGUCGAGGCGGAGAAGCGCGAGAAGCGCAAGUCAAACGCCAAGAGCGCCGAGUUUGUCGAGAGUGAUGUGGAAGACGGUGCGGAGGAGGAGGGCGCGGAUGUUGAAGACGAGGUCGAUGAGGUGGAGGCUGCCGAGGAGGCGGUCGAGGAGGAGGUGGAAGAGGAGGUGGACGAGCUGGACCCGACGCCAGUGGCCACGCCUCGCGCAACCCCGACGCCGAGCAAGCGCGUGAAGCGCGACGCCUCUGCCAUUGAGGACGACGACGAGGGUACGGCGGCGCGCAGAGUGACGACGUACAAGCGUACGCGCUCUGGGCGGGCGUAGGGUUGUGGUUUGUUUACUUAAUGCAUAUUAGGAGUCGCAUA